AUGUUAUUUAAAUUUUUCCUUCACGUGGAAAAAUUAAGUGAUAAACAAUUGACAUUUGGUUUGAAACAUAUCGGAACAAACUUUGCUACUAUACUCAGCAAAAGUAUUGAGCAUGUUAUUUGGUACAGUGACAAACCCGGAAAUUAUUACCAAGUAGUAUUUCCGGUUGCCCCUGGACACCUUGUGAGACGAGAUAAUAUUAGACGACAAGUUGGAGCUUGGAAUUCAACACUUCAGUUAGCCAUUGUCGCUGCAAUAUUAGUAUCUCCUUUAAUGGGCCCGGUAAAAGCAAUAAGCUAA